AUGCAGGGUCGGGCUGACGGGGCCGGGGCCCCCGCCGGAGCCGUCGCCCACCAGGUCUUCACGGCAGUUCGCCGUGCAGGCGGUGAGGAGGCCGAGCUGCAUCCUUUGCGGGACAUUAACAACAAAGAAAUCGAGGAGGUCAAGCAGCUGAAGCAUCCGCCUCGUGAGGUGGCAAGGGUCAUGGAGGUCGUCCACUUGCUGCUGUCUUUGACGCUUCCAUCUUCGAUUGACUGGGGCGAUGUUCUUCGCACCGUUGUGCGUGUGGACUUCCUGAAGCGCGCCCGCAACAUUGACAUGGACGCCAUCUUGGAGCAGCCUCGACUGAUUGACUACAUCUGCCGAAGAUACUUCGCGGGAAGCGAGCCGCUGACGCCUGAUCGAGUUCGGUGGGCAAGCAAGGCUGUUGUGGCUUUCUUCGGGUGGACCGUUGCCAUCAUUGCCGGCUGUCUGCCAGCUUUCCCGGCGAAGGUCGGUGGCGAGGAGUCGAGGCGGCGCAUCAUCUUGCUUGACCAGGAACUUCGCGAAGAGCGGCGUCAGAAGCGAGACGCCGAGGAAGAGCAACGCAAGGCCACGGAGCAACACCGAGCGGAGAAGCAGCGCAGGGAAGAAGAAAGGCAGCGCGAAAAGCAACGUGAAGAACAAGCACGACAGAAGCUUGCAGCGAUCGAAGCUGCAGCCGCCGACAAGAAAAGGGCAGAGGUCUUCAAGCAGCGUCGAGCAGCUGCAAAGCAGAGGAAGCUGGAAGCGAAGAUCAGGCACAAGAAAAGACUUGCGCUUGGAUUACACAGCGACGAAUCCGGCUCAGAAGUGGAGCGGUGUCGUGGUGUUUGGAACAGCAACAACCCGGACAUCAGGUUCUUGCGCAUUGCAGGUGCUGAAAUCACAUUCCUUUCCGACGAGUUCGCCGACCACUGUACAGCGGUGUCUUGUCAACCCAUGCACUACGGCCAGCACUUCUACGAGUUUAUCGUGCACCACUUCAGUGAUCAGCUGCGAUGCGGUGUCACUACGGAUGCCGUGCAGGCUGGUGCACUCGUUGCAGGACACAACUUGCGCGGAUGGUGCUACAACACCGGACGACGAAGUCUAAAGGCAAAGACGAUGCCUGCAGGGCUACAAGUCAAUGGCAAGGUUGUACAAGAGUUCAGCAGCGUGGACGAUGGUGACAUCAUCGGCGUUCUCGUGGAUGCGGACAGAUGGUCGAUUGCAUUUUUGAAGAACAGGGUGCUGGAGGGAAGCUGUGCGAUGAGUUCCCAUGCACGGGAGCCGCUGUAUCUGCUCCUACAUAUGGAUGCGGCAGGUGACCACGUGGAAUUGCGUCACGUGCCCCUCCAGGAAGCUCCAGCAGAGGCUCUUGCAGCGCUGGAGUCCUUCUCCCCUCCCUCCUGGCAAAUCGUGGUUAGCGACUGCUCCGAUUGCUCCAGCGUGAGCGAGGGCGAGGGCAUUCCAGGCUCGCACCCGACAGUCUCUUCAGUCUCGUCCUCUACCGGCGACCUUCGUGUUGCCUCGAAGUCGCUCCUUGGGGCGGCUGGGGCGAUUCUCGCCCACAAGCCAUCGGUCACCAGCAACCCUCCGGCACCUGCAGAGCCCUUCCCUCCGGCUCCGACAACGAUGCCACGAGAUCCCAACAACGACCAAAGUGUUGUGGUCGGUCUCAAAGCUCGCCUGAGGGAGCUGAAAGACUGCUUGGACGAAGGCCUUCUAACCAUGGACGAGUUCCAGGAGGAGAAGGGCAUCAUUUUGCGGGCGAUGCGACCUUCAUUGAACGCCUCCGGCACGGGGUCCCUGCGACGUGAAGAGCAACGGCCGUCGUCAAGCCACAUGCAGCCCAGCGCAGUCGCCAGCGUCCACAGCGUAGACGAAUACCCCAAGAUCGCUACAAGGCUGGCGAUGUCGCAGAUGCCAAAUGCGCUGCAAACCAAGCAAGGCAGACGAGAUGAAGCAGGCUCCAACGCGGUGUGCGUCGGAGACGCACCAGACGGCGUGUUCUUCGUGAAGGUCGCCCCAACCGGUGACGAAACACAGGACCCAGGUCUCGCGUGCAUCAACUUGGCAGACCUUCUUGAGGCUCCACGGCAGCUACCACUCGACUGUUUGUUGGGUCUUGGAAACAAGGAAGAAUGCGAGUUGUAUUCAUCUGCGCCCGAGCCGUACGUUGGCAAGAGUGUGCAGACGGAGUUGUAUGGCCGCCUGCCCUGGCUUCUGGGGCUGCUUGUCUUUCUGUCGGUCUCGUCAGCCAUCUUGGAAUUCUUCGAUGUUCUCUUGCAGAAGCACCUCAUCAUCGCGUUUUACUUGACGGCCCUUGUUGGCUGCGGCGGCAACGCUGGUUCACAGGCUGCCUCGCUGGUUCUGCAGGCUCUCGCAACCGGUGAGUUGGCACAGAGCCCGGACAUCGUGUGCCAACAUUUGCUGAUUUCUGGCGUGUCCUCAGGAGCUCCUGGUGGCAUUGGGAAUUGCCGCCACUCUUUCGCUAGGCUCGCGGGGCGAAAGAUGCACAUCACCUUUCCCUUCAAUUUCCCUGCGUUGUGUCUGAAGCACUUUGCAGACUGGGAGAGAGAUGUGUUCGGAGGAUCGGCUGUCGAUGCGCUCGCAAUCGCCCUUGCCAUGGCCGUUACGGAUGUCGAAGGGUCGGAGGCAGUGCCGUCGCAGGCAGAUCCGGCGAAGGUCAGUGGACCUCUGCUCUCCACGGUCAUCGACAUCGCGGGGGUGUUGGUAGCCUGCCUUUCGGCACAGCUACUGGAGGCAGUGGGUGCUUGGGACACCAUGGAGCAAAGUGCAGGCCAGCAAGCUUUGCCGGCUGCCGAUGAGCCUCCGAGCCCUCCCAGCCCUGCCGCGACCCCUGCGAGCCGAAGUGCGGUGUCCAAGCUCCAGAGCAUGCGCAGUGCCCGGAGUGCCCGGAGUGGGCACAGUGGGCACAGCCGGGGUAGUGGCGACAGUGCCAUUCGCGGAGUCGUCGCAUCAGAUGCCUCUGACGAGAUCGAUUCGCAGGCGCGGGUGCAAAUUGUCAUUUCGCAGAUCGAUGACUUCGACGACAUCGCCAGGGAACCCUCCCUUCAUGCCCCUGCAGCAAGACAGGCCUCCAUUCCUGUGCGGCCAGCCUCUGUGAGGACAGACACGGAUCCUUCCGCUCCACCGGACUUCGAAUCGGAAAUAGACAAGGCCAUUUCUAUCGGGUCCCCAACGAAGGCUUCUAAUUCUAAGGUCAAGAAGUGCUCUGGCUUACUGUGGGCUCCGUGUUGGCAAGACCGUCGUUGGCGCAAGUGCUGCCUGGUCACUAGUGUCUUGGCCUGGGUGGUGGUCAUUGCUGUGGGUAUUUCGCUCGCACUCCUCUGGCCGCGUGAUCCGACAUGGCGGCUGACCAGCCUUCAGAUGGACGUGGAUGCGUUGAUGAGCUUGGUCACGGCGGCCUCUGGCGGUCCCUCGGUCAUCGACACCGCCAUUGUGCCAGAUCAAGUCUUCCGUGCAGAGGUGGAAGUGAACAAUCCGAAUCUAAAAUUGGGGCUGAGAGCAAGUCGGGCUCAAUUCACUUGGUCUUUGAAGGCCGUAGAAUGGGUGCAGGGAUCACCGGGCCGUUGA